AUGUCUCUAUCCACGACGGUUCUGGAGUCUGCCCCCCCACGAAGCAAUUUCCCCAUCAGGCCUCUCCAUGUCCAGGACGAGGUCGAGGAGGAUCGCAGGCCAAAGCACGCACCCCUAGUGAUUUUCUGCAUCUCGUGCAUCACCUUCAUAAGCUGCUACCUGGGCGGCCUGGUGACUGUCUCUGUGCCUCAGAUCUCCAAGGACCUGCAGCUGGACCCGGGCAUGGAACUAUGGCCCGUGUCCAUGUAUGCAUUGGCUACCGGCUGCACGCUCCUCAUCUUUGGCGCCGUCUCCGAUGCAGUCGGCAGUAGGCCCGUCUUCCUGCUAGGCUGUUUCUUCCAGAGCGUCUUCUGCAUGGCCUGUGGCCUCGCUGCCAGUGGCACCCAGCUGAUCGUGUUCCGAGUCAUCUCCGGCCUGGCAACCGCCAUGUGUCUCCCAACUGCGGUGAGCAUCAUAUCUGAGAACUUCUCGGCCGGUAGGCUGCGCAACCUCGCCUUCUCAUUUAUGGGAGGCGGCCAGCCCAUCGGGUUUGGACUGGGAAUUCUCAUGGGAGGUGUCUGCGCUGACACGAUCGGCUGGCGCUGGGGCUUCCAUAGCGCCGCGAUCGCCAACACAGUCGCCUUUCUUCUGUCGUGGUGGCAGCUGCCACAGGGCAGGCAAACCGGCAUCAGGUGGAAUCACCUCUUGUUUGGCAUCGACUGGCUCGGUGCCAUUGUGGUCAGCACGGCCCUGGCCCUCCUUUCUCUGGCACUGGCAAUUAUAACUGGCGACAUCGAAAACGCCCGCAAACCCUCUACAGUCGCCUAUUUCAGCGUCUCGGGCGUUCUCUUCGUCUGCUUCGUGCUCUGGCAGGAGUACCAAGAACGGCACAAUAAACCAACACUGAUCCGUAACUCGCUCUGGAAGAACGCCUCCUUCACCUCCAUCUGCAUCAAUGUCUUCCUCAUCUGGGGUGCCUUCAAUGGAUUUGAACAGAUAAUCAACUUCUUCUUCCAGAACAUACAAGAACUGUCUGUCAUCCAGACUGCGAUCCGCUUUAUUCCCACUCCUGUCACAGGCCUCCUCAGCGCUCUUGUCACUGGAAUGGUCCUGCAUCGCGUCCGUGCCGAUGGAAUCAUAAACAUUACGACUGCCAUUUCCACCGUUUCUUCGCUUAUCAUGGCCCUCGUACACCCAUCCUGGAGCUACUGGCGCUGCGCCUUCAUUGCCAUCUGCCUCAACUCUAUUGCUGCAGACUCUCUCUUCACCGUGUCCAACAUCCUCAUUGCCGAUAUGUUCCCGCCCGAGACACAGGGCCUGGCGGGGGGCGUCUUCAACACAAUAUCGCAAAUUGGCAAGAGUUUCGGGCUGACCUUUGUCGAGUUGAUCGCCAAUGUUGUCAGCGAUAACAAGGCCAGCGACUUGGAGAGACACCAGCCAGAUGGGCUGAUGGUGGGUUACCGGGCGUCGUUCUGGUUCUUGUUCGCGGCGAAUAUUAUAAGCCUGGCAGUUGGGGCCAUUGGGCUGCGAAAGGUCGGCAAUAUCGGGAAGAAGAAGUCUCAGUAG